AUGUCCAACGAGCAGCCUUACGACCCUUAUAUCCCUGCAAACCAAACCGGUGCGCCUACUGCCGGUGCCUCCCAGCAGCAGAAUGGAAACCAGCGCACCGCUGCGCUGCAAGCGCAAAUUGACGACACUGUCGGUGUUAUGCGUGAGAACAUCACAAAGGUCUCCCAGCGUGGUGAGCGCCUCGACUCCCUGCAGGACAAGACCGACAACCUGGCCGUAUCAGCUCAGGGAUUCCGCCGGGGUGCCAAUCGCGUGCGCAAGCAAAUGUGGUGGAAGGAUAUGAAGAUGCGUGUAUGCCUGGUUAUCUGUGUGAUUAUCCUACUGGUGGUCAUCAUUGUGCCUUCUGUCGUCGCAACAAAGCAUUAA